AUGCCGCGAUUACUAGAAAGCGAAAUUACAAAGUAUUUAAAACUCUUGAAGAUUCAGAAGAUGUUAGACGGCUCGACUCCAAACUAUGACAGGCUAUUCAAAAUAAGACCUCUUGAGGAAAUGCUCAACUGCCAGUUUGGAAAGGUUCCCUUAGACCAAAGGCUUUCCAUAGACGAGCAGAUGUGUGCAACCAAAAUGAGCCAUAACAUAAAACAAUACAUGCCCAAACUAAACCCCACAAGGGGGGGUUCAAAUUAUAUCUCAUCUGCAGUCUACAAGGAUAUGCUCAUAGAUUUGAGGUUUACAGGUGGAGGGGGCUCCAAAAUAACAUCUUACCUGGUGAGCCAGAUUUGGGAGAGUCUGGAACUACAGUCGUCAGGUUAG